UUGAAUGAGAGGGACAGAGAGAAGUUGAGAGGAGCCUAAAAAAAAAGUCUCCAACAAUCAGCAAGUGGAACUAGUCUACAGACCGUGCACGGGGCGCAGUGUUGGCUUUCUUCUCUUCUUCCCGCAUGGCUGCUUAGUUUAAUCAAACUUUCAUAUUGCAAUUUCAAAGUUUUUCGGCGAAGGCAAGGGGUCUAAUGCCUUUAAAGAUGGACCGCCUGGCAAGAAGGAGGUCGUUGAGGACAAUACCGCUAUUUCUUAUUGUCUUACUUCAAGCAACAGCGACACGAACUGCAGCCGACCACAUCGAUGUGCUGCGUGUGCUGGAGCUGUCCGAGGGUAUGGAGGGCGUCGCCUUGGACUCGGGCCUCUGUACCAACAGGAAGGGCGUGGAGGAAGCGGACCUGGCGUACAGGAUAAACAGAAGGAUCCAGCUCAGCGCCCCGACCAAACAGCUCUUCCCCGAAUCCCCGUUCCCGGAGGACUUCUCCCUGAUGACCACCCUGAGAGCCACGAAGGACACCCAGUUCUUCCUGCUGUCCGUGUACGACCAGCAGGGGGCGCAGCAGCUGGGCCUGGAGGUGGGACGCUCCCCCGUGUUCCUGUACGAAGACCACCAGGGACUUCCCCUGCCAGAGGACUACCCCACGUUCAAGAAAAUCAAUCUGGCCGACGGAAAGUGGCACAGGAUAGCCUACAGCGUUCAGGGCAAGGCCGUGACCCUCUACGUGGACUGUGAGAAGGUGGAGACCCUGGAUCUGCUGCGCGGGGACGCCGCCGUCGUCAGCACGGACGGCGUGACCGUGUUCGGGACACGGCUGAUGGACGAGGAGGUGUUUGAGGGUGAAAUACAGCAGCUGCUCAUAGCGGAAGAUCCUCUAUUGGCGGAAGACUACUGUCUGAAAUACAUCCCAGACUGUGACUCCCCCCUGCCCUAUAACACCCAGAUCAUGGACAAGUCUGAGAUUUCCCAACCUCGGGAACCGCUGCCGACAAGCGUCAAGGAAACGGAGAAGGAAGUCUCAAAAAAGGGCAGGAAGGGCAAGAAGGACAGGAAGAACAAGAACAAGAAGAAGCGGGACAAGGGCUCCAAGGGCAAAGGCAAAGGCAAAGGCAAAGGUAAGGCUAAAGGUAAAGGCAAGGGGAAGGGGAAGGGGAAGAGGAGGCAGAAAGACGAGGAGCAAGCCCUCGAGGACGGGUUCCUCAGCGUCUCCCCGGCGACGCUGGCCCAGUAUCUGACUAAGGAGCCCCCCCCCCCCAACCACCCGGCCCCCGAGGGCCCCAGAGGCCACCGAAGAACUCGUGCCCUCCGCAGGCUACGCCGAAAGCCUCGAGCAGACCUUCCCCUCGGAGAUGCCCCAAACAAGCGAGCCAGAGACGCCGCCGCCGCCACCGCUACAGCCACCGAGGAUCAACGACCUUCUCCGGUGUCCGCCGCACUGCCUGAAUCCAAGGUCGAAGCGGAGGAGGACAGACCACUCAAAAGGCCGGUGGUGGAGGAGUACAGCGAUAGUGACCUGUAUGACGAUCUCUCAGUUUCCACGGUAACCGUGGGUCCCAAUGUUACCGACUAUGAGAUGCUGGAAUACGAGGACGUGAAGAACGCCACAUCCUCCGAGUACGAAGAGUACGAGAUCUACGAGGACGCCUACAGCUUCGCCGAGCGAGACCUGGCCCAGACGUGGGACGGAGAGGCAUCCCUGCGAGCAGAGAAGGGCCAGAAGGGGGAGCGGGCGGUGGCUGAACCGGGGACAUUAAUAGAAGGACCACCGGGCCCUCCCGGGAUAGAGGGUCUCUCCGGUAUGCCAGGACCCACCGGCCCCCCUGGACCCAUGGGAGACCACGGUGAACUGGGCCCCCCUGGACGCCCAGGUCUUUCCGGGGCUGAUGGGAUACCAGGUCCUCCAGGCACUCUGCUGAUGUUACCAUUCCAGUUCGGUGGGGAUUCUCAGAAGGGCCCUGUCGUCUCUGCCCAGGAAGCCCAAGCGCAUGCCAUCAUUCAGCAAGCCAAGAUUUCGCAGAAGGGACCUCCGGGUUCGAUGGGUCUCGGGGGGCGACCAGGACCUGAGGGUCUUCCAGGUGCUUCCGGCCUGAAGGGAAGUGCUGGAGACGACGGCCACUCUGGCCCCCGUGGAUUACAUGGCCCUGCAGGGCUGAACGGCCGGGCGGGGAAACGGGGGCGGUCAGGAGCAGAUGGGGCUCGCGGAGCGCCGGGAGAAACAGGCACUAAGGGUGACAGAGGCUUUGACGGGUUGCCAGGAAUCCCGGGAGACAAGGGACACAGAGGGGACAGGGGCAAACCAGGUCCUCACGGGCCCUUUGGAGAUCCGGGAGAGAAGGGUUCUACUGGGCCGUUCGGACCUAGGGGGCAGCCAGGCGAACCUGGCGCGAGGGGUCUCAACGGACCGAGGGGCUCAGCGGGACCCCCCGGCCAACCUGGUAUCCAUGGCAUUGAUGGAGUUCAGGGGUCGAAGGGCAACAUGGGGCCGUCUGGAGAGAUCGGGGCCCCAGGUCAACAAGGAAACCCAGGGACACAGGGCCUGCCUGGUCCUCAGGGUCCCAUCGGCAUGCCGGGAGAGAAGGGGCCUCAAGGGAAGACAGGCCUGCUGGGACUACCUGGCAUUGACGGACCACCUGGUCACCCAGGGCGAGAGGGGCCCGCCGGAGAGAAGGGUCUGCUGGGCUCAGCAGGAGUCCAGGGGCCCGUCGGAUAUCCGGGCACACGCGGAGUCAAGGGAGCUGAGGGAGUGAGGGGUCUUAAGGGAGGCAAGGGGGAGAAGGGCGAGGACGGCUUCCCCGGGUCCAAAGGUGACAUGGGCCUCAAGGGGGACAGGGGUGAUAAUGGAGUGCCAGGAAUCCGUGGAGAAGAUGGAACGGAGGGCCUGAAGGGUCAAUCGGGACUCCUGGGAGAUUCUGGGUCAUCGGGGAUCGCUGGCGAAAAGGGUAAACUUGGUGUACCAGGCCUGCCGGGUUACCCAGGAAGACAGGGUCCUAAGGGAUCUCUCGGAUUCCCGGGCGCUGCCGGGGUCUUCGGGGAGAAAGGACGAAGGGGUCCAGCUGGUCAGGCGGGCGCCGGAGGCCAGAGAGGGCCUAAUGGGGCGAGAGGGGGGAGAGGAGCAGAGGGUCCCACUGGAAAGCCUGGAGAAAAGGGCUCUGCCGGACAAGACGGCCCCUCGGGAGGACCGGGGGAACAGGGCCCCUUAGGGCCGCAAGGAAGGAACGGAGAAGUGGGACACAAAGGACCAAACGGUCCCCCUGGGAAAGACGGUCUACCAGGGCACCCAGGACAGCGAGGAGAGGCAGGUUUCCAAGGCAAGACGGGAGCGCCCGGGCCCGUCGGUGUGGUCGGACCGCAGGGUAAAUCCGGCGAGACGGGCCCAACGGGAGACCGAGGGCACCCAGGGUCACCGGGACCACCCGGGGAGCAAGGCCUACCCGGAUCCGCGGGGAAGGAAGGCUCCAAGGGCGACUCAGGUCCUGCUGGCUCCCCAGGGAAGAGUGGCCCUGCUGGGACGCGAGGCUUCCAAGGCAGUCGAGGCAGCCCGGGUGCCAUGGUAACGCAUAACGCCAUGUGUCUCUUCCUGUUUACCCGCCAUCUAGAUCCAAGCCUUGUGACCAUGGCUGCUGUAGCCAAUCUCUCUGUCGUGAAACUUGCGGCGUGGAACAAAGAAAAGCCAGGAACUUGGUUCAGCAGUUUCAGGAAAGGAAAGCAGUUCUCGUACAGCGACAGCGACGGCACGCCCGUGCACGUGGUGCAGCUGACCUUCCUGAAGCUGCUGAGCGCCACGGCCAAGCAGAGCUUCACCUACACCUGCCAGAACUCGGCGGGCUGGUUCGACAGCGACGCCCGCUCCCACCAGCGCGCCCUGCGCUUCCGGGGCGGCAACGGCGAGGAGCUGACCCCGGCCAGGAGCCCUUUCAUCCAGCCGCUGUACGACGGAUGCCAGUCCCGGAAAGGUCAGGAGCGGACGGUGUUAGAGAUCAGCGCUCCGUCGGCGGAGCUGCUGCCCAUCAUAGACGUGUCGCCUGUGGACUUUGGCGGAAACAACCAGAAGUUUGGCUUCGAAGUGGGGCGCGUGUGCUUCAGCGGCUGAGGGGCUGACCACGAGCUCAGGGAGAAAAGUCACCGGCACAACCACGGCGCACACAGUCCGCAGAGGAGAAACUGGACUUCACCACUAGCCCAUGCAAUAUUUAUUAAAUAUGUUAUAUGUGGGGUUUGUGGUUUUGUUGUUUUUCUGUAUUUCUAAUAUGGAAUUCCUGAUUCUAUUGACUAUAGGAACACGAGCAGAUAGAGGAGGAGACAAGGCAGGAGGAAAAGCAGGUUUACCAAAGGGAAAUGUUCCACUUAGUUUUAUUAAUUCCUUUCUUUUUGUUACUUUCUUCAAAUGAUCGAUUCUUUUUUCGUUGCAUUAUGUUCCGUCAUUUACUAAAGAAAGUAAGACUGAACCACUUGGCAAUGAUCAAUUGAAAAAUCACAGAUCACCCUCCUAUUUAUGGAAAGCAUUUCUGUCCUAUCCUGUGGUAUGGGUCAGUUGUAAUGUGGGAUAAACUAAACAAGAGAUGCUGUUAUACUGAGAGCACUUGAUCUCUACCAUAUUCACUUCCACAGAAACAGCUCAUUUAACACCACUGGGUGCAGAGGUGAUGCACAUUUUUGUGUACCCUUCAAUGGCAGUUUGCUUAGUGAAUGAUUUUGAUUAGUAUCCAAUCGGUGCUUCCGGUUAUAAGGCCCUCACUCUUACUUGACCGGGUGAAGGUUGUUUCUAUUACUGGAACAAUUUUCCAUGUGUGAUGAUGAACGUCCGCAGAGCUCACGGCUAAUACCUCGUCAGGGGCAUAUUUCCCGAUAUGUCUGCGCUCAGCAUGCAUGUUAAGGAUAAUCAAGGCACAUGAAAAGCAAGACAGCUCUGCAGGCAGAUUAGGCAAAACUGUUUCCCACUCGAUACAACUGCAGUACCUGACAGCAAUUUGUUUGAUCCCUUCCAUUUUGUAACUGCUGAGGCUCUGUUUCUUCCCGGGCCACUAAUGUUGAUUGUCUUCAUAACCUACCUUUUUUUUUUGAUCAUAUUUUGUUUUGUUUAUAUGUUGAAAUGAAAAUGUAUCAUGUACUCGAAAAAUGGUGCUCGCUUCGGACUUGUGACGCUAUUCCCUGGUGCUAACCAUGUAUGAUUUGAGAUGGUACGUUCUAUAUGUAUGCGGGCCGGAUUAAAGGACUGAAGCUACGGGCCUAUAAAGUGUUUUAACCAGUGGUUUUCCGGGCUAGUCAACCUCAGUCUAAGAGCUCAAGUCUAUAAAUAAAGCCGGUGGACACAAAAUAGCUAGUGAAUCCAAGACGUUCUCAGGUCUGUCUCUCGGAGAUCAUGGUGGGCUGUCACUCCAGAUCAGAUGGGUACCCUGCGUUCUCCACCGCUGUUGAAAAUUCAUGUCCAAUACCGACCCCCUUCCCCUGCAUUCUAAUGGCGCCGGCCCACCUGUGCAUAGUGUGUUCUGAAGUUGAUAUAUUGUUGUACAGUUAUUCUAAGGAUGCGAGUUUUACAAAUGAUCUGCUGCACGAGUGAACCGUCACGGUCACUUGUAAGAAUAAAAAUGUGGAUUUUAUGAAUAAUAUAAUGAUUGAAAUAAAACGGAAAAAAAAAC